AUUCGCUUGGAACAGUGCUUUAUGGUUUAGUUUAACUCCAAUCAUUGUAUCUUCAAAAAUAUAUAGCGGGUUCUCUUACAGUAUCCCAGAGAAGCAGGAAAAGAAGACUAAAAAACUCAAUCAAGAAAAUCUCAGUCUCACUUCAUCUUCUUGGUCCUAUUUUUGCUUCUCAGUUAGCUGUUUAAUUAUGGAUUUCAGCAAUAUGGAUCGUGGACAGAUUACCCUAUUAGGGUGCGCGCUCUGUGUGCUGCUUACACUGCUCUUUACAGUGCAGCUCCUAUCUCAGCAUCUGUUUUACUGGAAAAAUCCAAAGGAACAGAGGGCCAUAAUAAUUAUUAUCCUAAUGGCUCCCAUAUAUGCUGUUGAUUCCUUUGUGGGUUUGUUGAAUUUCCAGGGGAGUGAAGCAUUCUUCACGUUUUUGGAUUCAGUUAAGGAAUGUUAUGAGGCCUUGGUAAUUGCCAAGUUCUUGUCAUUGUUGUAUAGUUACCUGAAAAUAUCCAUUAGCAAAAAUAUUGUGCCUGAUGAGGUCAAAGGAAGAGAAAUUCACCAUGCCUUCCCAAUGACACUUUUUGUGCCUCACACAGUGCGGCUAGACCACCAUAAUUUAGUAGUGCUCAAACACUGGACAUGGCAAUUUGUCAUCAUUCGCCCAACAUGUUCGAUCUUGAUGAUAACGCUGCAAAUGCUUGGCAUUUACCCCAAUUGGUUGAGUUGGACAUUCACCAUUAUCCUCAACAUUUCCGUUUCACUGGCUUUGUAUUCUCUGCUAGUGUUUUACCAUGUAUUUGCAAAAGAGUUGGCACCACACAAGCCUCUUGCAAAGUUCUUAUGCAUCAAAGGGGUUGUCUUCUUUUGCUUUUGGCAGGGAAUAGUGCUUGAGAUGCUUGUUUCGAUGGGCAUCAUUCGGCCUAAUCAUUUUUGGUUGGAUGUGGAGCACCUUGAAGAAGCUUAUCAGAAUGUCUUGGUAAUUUUGGAGAUGGUUGUCUUCUCUGUUCUCCAACGGUAUGCAUACCAUGUUGCACCUUAUAGUGGAGAAGUUGAUGCAAAGAUGCUUAAGAAAAGAGAAUGAUAUGACCGGAAUUCUAGACCAUGGAGGGGACGUGGCACUACACAUGCUAGGAAAUGCACUUCCAUAGGUCUGCUCUAUACUUUUAUGGAGUAUGAGGUGUCUACCUUUGUUAAUUCUAUUGUGCCCUUUUUUCACCCUUUUCUCUCAUGGCAAUGUUGCUGUGUUGUCUAUUAUGGACAAAUUUGCUCAUUAUCAGAAAUAAAGUUUUCUUCUGCCUACCACAUAAA